GAAGAAGAGAGACUGCUUUUGGGGGGAGAAUAGACACAAGCCUGACAAUCUCAUAUAAAUGCACAUGAGCGCAAACACCAUGAUAUUUAUGAUUCUGGGGGCGUCCGUUGUUAUGGCAAUAGCUUGCUUGAUGGACAUGAACGCUCUUUUGGAUCGUUUUCACAAUUAUAUCUUACCGCAUCUGAGAGGAGAAGACCGGGUCUGUCACUGCAACUGUGGGAGGUACCAUGUUCAUUACGUUAUCCCGUACGACGGAGACCAGUCAGUUGUGGAUUCGUCAGAAAAUUACUUUGUCACCGACAAUGUAACCAAGCAAGAGAUUGAUCUGAUGCUGGGACUCUUGUUGGGGUUUUGUAUAAGCUGGUUCCUGGUCUGGAUGGAUGGGGUUCUGCAUUACGCAGUUAGGGCAUGGCGGACCAGCAGACGAUACGACAAUUCCUGGUCCUGGAUUCCAAAGUUCUGUAACUUGAGGCAUUUUCGGAAACGGCACCCGCGGCAAUAUGACGACACCAGCGGGAAUAUGGUUCACAUUAAGCAGAAGCUGUAUCAUAAUGGCCACCCGAGUCCCAGGCAUCUCUGAGGUGCCCUCCACAGACAAUAUCCUCUAAAAUAAAAGGGGAUAUAGGACUGUUCUUUCCUUUUGAGGAAAAAAAACAAACAAACGAAAGACAGUGAAUUCAUUUUCCGAAAUGGGAAGACAGUAGGAAAACAGUUUUCUUCCUUCAUAUCCUUGUUCUCCUACCCUUAUAUGGUAGGGAAAGGACUCUAUAUAGAAAGUUGAAGGGAUUCCAACUUUGGACCUUCGUUCAUGCCAUCAGGCAUCUGAUUUUAGUUUCGAACUUCUGUAAAUAUGUAAAAGAAAAAAAAAAAUAUAAAAAAAGUGUCAUUAACACUUCAAAAAGUGCAAGGUGUGGAAACCUCAAAAUUUAUUCUGCGUUUUGUGUGUAUGUAGUGGUGGGGGAAUGGGCAGUUGAGUGUCUUUUGUUGCAUAAUGCUGUAAAAUUUGGUAGCACACUACUUUAAAAGAGAAACAGGACUUUCUUAGUUGCUGACAAGUCUGUAAUAGAAUUAAAUUGUCUCCUUUCUGCCAAAUAGAGAAGAAUACACUGUACAUCUUAGCAGGACUGCUAAAACAUCUGGAAUGAUGGUCUUUAAUGGACCAUACCAUCUUCAGUCCCACCUCCUCUUUGUCUAAGGGAUCUCCAGCAGUAUUUUAAAGUGCAGUAUCACUUUUUU